AAUGUUGAACUCAAAAUGGCGGCGUAACUCUAGUUCUAGAGUCUGCAUAAUUUUACAUUGUGUAAGUCUACACUUUGCGGUAAUUAUUUGACAUGUGCGUUAUGAUAAAAUUUUAUAUUAUUAUUUACCAAAGCUGUGAAGACAUUUAAUUGGAAUUAUUUGUAACUCAAAAACAAAAAAAAAAACCUGUUGAAAAAUUAAAAGUAGAGAACAGAAAUAAUAAACAGGCUACUUGUUGUAUGUAAGUAAGACAUUUUAAGACAAGACUAAUAUUGAAAAGAAGUGACUAGAAGGAAACUUAACAUCGUAUGAUUGUUUAAAAUCAUCGUAUGACACUGAACACAGACUCGUAAAUUCAGAUAUUACACAACACUGAAGGCUGAAGUUACAUGAUAUGUAUUAAAUGUAACUAGUUUCAAUCAUGCAGCUUAUCAAACUAGGGACUUUGAUAAGAAAAUGUAAACUUUUUAUAAAAAUAAAGCAAUGGCAUAGUUAAAUAGAGCUAAUUUUUAAAAGAAUUAUAACACCAAAAUCAUAUUUUUAGCUGUUGUAGUUUUAAAGUUAUGAAUUUUUAAAGUACGGCCUUGUUUGUCAUUUUUUAUCAUGGAUUGCAUCUCCACAUUCUGUGACCCAAUUCAGCUGUUCGCUUCACGGUAUAUGCUAUAUAGUCUAUAUAAGCAACGCACCCCCUAAAAUGUUGUUGGGAUCUACUUAUUUUGAACAUUUAACUUUUGCACAUGGACAUGAGUAAUUAACUAAAGCUUUCCCUGACCAAUGGUGUUUUUGCACACAUCGAAAUUUGAGGUAGUACAACAGCAUAGCAUUAUGCUAAUGGCUGUGAAAGGUUUCCCAUGACUUUUUGCACACUUUCAAUUCUGAUCGUUAAUAAUAUGGACUCUACCUGGUUUUUAAAGCUCAAUUUUAAAAAUUUUAGUUUAAAUGUCUUCAAAAUGCAUUCUGAAACACAAGUUAUCAAAUAUUUUGAUGUAUAUAGAAGUAAUAAUGAAUAUUUCCUAAGCUAAGUAUCAGCUUUUUCCGCCAUUUAAAAGGGGCGGGAUCACUAAUCCAAAAUGGCCUGUGCGACCUUUGCAUAAUGAGGUCAACGUUGAGGAGAAUUAUGAAAAUGUUUAUUGAGCUAUCUCAAUGAAAUUUCGCACACAUGUACUUCAACAAAUAAUGCAGGCCUACUUUUAAUAUGAAAGAGCUACUUUGAAUAUUUAUACAAAAAAUUUUAAUGCGAAGAUGCCUUUUAUUGACAUACGAUUUUCCUUACUUAGCGUUGAUAUAAAGAAAUAAUUAACUCAAUGGGAAUUUAGUUAAACAUAUCUCCUAACGUUAAUGGGCGGAGUCAGACCUUAAUUAUGGGCCGAAAGGACUCAUAAUUUAUUCAAAUUACAUGCACAUGAAAAAUUAAAAACUUAGAUUCUAUUGCGCGACGCCCAUUUCGGAUACAAAUGUACUAGGACAGUCCCUUGAUUUGUCGUAGUACCUACUUAUCAAGAUUUCAUUUAUCAUUAUAAUUGAAGUAGCAAUUCAUCAAUUUCAGUGUAUUUUGUAGGAACUUUGCCAAGCCAAUUAUUUAAUAUACAAUGAAAUACCUUUAACCAUUGAACGAAAAAUCAGUUAACAGGAAAUAAUAUGCGGUCCCGAGUAUUAUAGUAUAGUAUAUUUAUAUACAUUUUUUGUAUGCAUGGUUUAACAGUACGAAAAAUUAACACAAAGAAAUAUUUCGGUCCCCUCAGCCUCAGUUUUGUGUUCAACGAUUUUCACUGUAAUUAAUUAGUCAUGUGCAAAUGUUGAAAGUUCGAUACACGUUUAUACUUAAGUACGUAAUAAUUUCUGUCAUUCACAGGACAUUUCACUAUAAUUCCCCCCCCCCCCCCCCCCCCACUUUCAAUACCAAAUAUAAAUUAGAAACAAAGUAAAUUUUCAAAAAUGGAAAAUAAAACAAAAACAUUAACACAAAUAUAAAAAUAGAAAUAUUUUGAAUGCUGUGCUAUAGAAAGAAGUUAACCUGCUGGAACUGGGGGAACUUCUGUGACCUAUAUACAGACAGUUUUACCGCCAACCCAAAAUCAGCCCUGUAGGCCUAAUAAGUAAUAAGCCUAAGUAAGUUUAAAAGUAUCCUAGAUCUCAUUAUAUAUAGGUUUUCAAUUUUCAAAUAAAAACUUCAUUGAAUCAUUUCUGAGUAUCAUUUAAUAUCAUUAAGCCUAAACCUAAUUAAUUAUGAAAAUGCAACUUUGGAAAUGUCUAAAUUACUAGAUAGGCCUAAACCUAACACUAGACUUACAUUACCACUGGGACACAAAUAUCACAAAUUCAUGCAAAAACGUUGAUUUACCACAGGAGUUAGGCCUUACACUAGUGUCACUAAUCAGGAUUCUCCAAAUUUAAAAGCAAUUUAGUAGUGCUACUUGUAAGCAUUGGCAUGGAAGGUAUUGGUUUUGCAAUAAAAAUUUUGAUAAAUGUUGAUUUGACGCACCAUCUUGGUUGCCAUGACGGUAGGAUGUCAUUGCAAUCAAAAUGGUGUAAGCGUAAGAGAAAGAAUAUGCUGUUUUAGCUAUUUUGCAGAGAACAGAGAAUAGAGAGAAGCGAGAAUAGGAAUAAAAGGUUGCAAUUUAACAAAAUAAUUUCAGCCUGUACAUUAAUUUCACAGUGAACAUAAAAUCUUUAUUGUAUCCCUCUAGAUAUGCAUCAAGAAGUGUCAACGACCUGUGGUUGCCUACUUUCCUAGUGUAAUUUCAGAUGGUAAAUUAAUUUUGUGGUGAACAUAUCAAUUUUAUUGUAUCUCUCUAUACAUGCUUCAGGAAGUGUCAAUGCCCUGCGCUCACUACCUUCCCUUAACUGAAACGCGUGCUACAGUUACACACUAAAAUAUUUUUAAAAUGAUGAAAACCCAACUAACAGUUUCAUAUUAUACACUUUAACACAGUUAAUUGCAGGUUCCACCAAAAAUAAAAUCGAAAAGUUGUCAGAAAAAUUAAUAUGAUAGCCUUUCUCCAAAUUAAUGGAAAAUUUAAAAAAAACACCCAAUGAAAUAUAAAGUUACAACAUUCUAUCUGUGUAUUAAAAAGAAAAGAAAAGAAAAGUUAACUCUAGUAAACAAUCCAAGAUUAAGCAAAAGGGAGAGAAUCCUACAGUGCAACUCAAAUUGGUGUGGCGAACUAAUAUUAGCCAUAAAUUUCAUCUUGACAUUUUUAUCCUUUCAGAAUGAUGCAAUAUAUUUUCCAAGCAUUUGAUCUUUAAAAUAUAUGCUAUGGAAAGAUUAGACAUAACAAUAAUGUUUCAUGUUUUUUUACUAAAAAUUUAAUAUUAUAAUAGCCUACCAAAGAUACGUGUUCAAAGCCUGUUCUUACAUAUGCCUUCCAUUUGUUUAGGACUGGAAAAUCCUGAAAAGUGUAUAACCUGCUCAUCAUUAGCUGACACCAUACACUGAUAUUCCAGUAUAAGCAAUAUAGUACCAAAGAAUAUCUAGGAUGAACUUAUGCUGGUGUUCAAAACUAAUAAUUAAUGCUACUAUCCAUAUUUUUUGUUUAUGUUAUGUGAUAAGCAGUGGUGAAUUGUGAAAUCUAAAUUUGUAAAACAUGACAUUAACAUUUUAUUUCAAGAAGAAAAUAAAACUAAUAAAGUGCUUAGCCUGAUAGGCCAAUGUUUAUUUAUAUUUUGGGCCUAAGGCUUCUGGUAACAUAUUUGAAUCUUGCAGAGUGUACUGUAGACUAGGACCUCUGCAGUCCACAAUAAUAUUUUCAUUAUUAAAUGUACCUGGAGAAAUUAAAAAAAUCUCCUAUGGUCCUAUAAUCCACCCCACUUUUUCCCUGAAAUUAUUUUUUUAUAAGUUGGCUUUAGAGCAAGUAGGUAAUAAGGGGAGAGACUGCAAUCAGUUUUGGGAAAAGGAAAUAAGCGAAACAAAGUAUGGGAAAACCUGAAAAAAGGACACAACGAAACAACAAACAUGUCGACAAGAAGCCUUCUUCAGCGAACAAAUAUAUAAUAUAUAUUUUAAAAUAUAUUGUAACAGUUUUUAUGUGCUAUCCUGUAUCAUUACUCAUUUUGGAAUCAGUCCGGACUUUGUGGGAGAGCAUUGAUGAUGUCAAGACAUGGAUGGCACUCAGCAAGUUGAAGCUUAACGCUGACAAAAAGGAAGCACUCCUUAUUUACGAUCACAAAUCAUCCUCUACCUCAGCUCUCCCCACUUCAUUUCAUGUAGGUAACUCCGACAUACAGUUUACGAUCUCCGCCAUACAGUUUACGAUCUCCGCUAAGAAUCUUGGUUAUAUUCUGUCUAACAACAUGUCUCUCGAUAAUCAUAUAUUGCACAUUUGUCACUCUGCAUUCACCGCUAUUUGUCAGAUCAGCUCCAUCCGCCACUACCUCACAGUUAGGGCAACAAAAACCCUAGUCUAUGCUCUUGUUCUCUCUCGCUUUGACUACGUCUUGACUAUUGUAAUUCUCCACAGGUUCACCAAAACACUUCUUAGAAAAAUUACAAAAGGUUCAAAACUCAACUGCUAGGCUAAUUCUAAAGGCAAAAAAACAUGAUCACGUCACACCACUACUUUAUUCACUUCAUUGGCUCCCUGUACAAGCACGGAUUGACUACAAACUCUCUGUUCUCUGCCACAACUUUUUCUCGAAUUCCUCCCCUUCCUAUCUAACCGAUCUUCUCUAUGUCUAUUUACCCAUUCGACAGCUUCGCUCCUCCAAAGAUGCGCAUAUUCUUUCUGUCCCCAAGACUCGCGCAAAAACAUAAGUGAAUGAUAAUUUUCUUUCUGUGCCCCCAAACAAUGGAAUUCUCUUCCACUACACAUUCACAAUAUACCCACCAUUACAGCCUUCAAAACUGCACUCAAAACACAUCUCUUUAAACUCUACUCUCGUGACUGAUUCCCCGCCUGACCGAUAAACCAUGCUGCUGGGUAGCCGUCCAUGGCUUGACAUGUAAAUAGAUUUUGAAUGUGUGGAGUGAAUAUACAUUGCUUUGUUUUAAAUUUAAUGAACGAAGUGGUUAUACGCAGUCCUGAUAGUUAUACGCAGUCGUCAAGUCACGUGAGGUCUAUAUAUUUCAUGUGUUACAGUAACAAUCGAUAAAGUUACUUCGUUAUCAGGUUGACUGGGUGGUCGAAUGGUACAAACUGAGCAAACCUCAUGUUGGUGGCCUGGAGUUCAAUUCCAGCCAAAGGCCAGUCAAGUGUUAGUUGUUAAGUUUGUUCUCCAGAAUGAACCAAAAACAGCUAAGCUCACCGUUUUACUUUUGUUUUGGCUAAAAAAUGUUAAAACAUGAUAAGAAUUAACUUGACCAAUGUAAUGUUAAUAAUGUUAUUCUUAUACCGGGUACUUAUAACUAUCGUAAUUUAUGUUUGUGUUGUUAAUAUAUAUGUUGGGUUGUUAACUAAUUUUGUGGCAGAUAAAAACAUGUUUCUCUGGUACAGUAAUUAUAAAAAAAAUAGCAGUAGGGGCAGGGGGUACUGUAGAAGGGACACUGUAAGUAAUACUUUAACACAGUUAUAGUUUUGCAUGGAAGCUGAAAACUGUUACAUUUAGGUCACCAAAAAAAAAUAAUCAUAAAUGAUAUAAUUUUUAAAAAAUAAAUAGAAUGUAUUUCCUGAAUUAGUCAGUAAAACCAACCACAUAGUCAUAACAACAUAUAAAAACCUAAUAAUCAGAAUACAGAACUAGACUUAAACCAUGGAAAUGCCUUAAGGCAGUGGUCCCCAAAUUGUGGUCCGUGGACCUUCACCGGUCCGCAUGCCUAACACUGCCGGUCCCCAUAACAUAAAUAUUUAUGGUCAAAUAGAAAUAUAAGUAUAAAAAUAAAUCAUGCACAGGUCCCUGGUAAAAUUUCGAAACUUGUUCACCGGUCCGCCAAACUUAAACGUUUGGGAACCACUGACUUAAGGCAUAGUUAUAUAAUCAUCUUCUUAGUCCGAGACUCAAAGAAAUUUAGACUUUGACUUAGACUUAUAAUUGUAAUAUAUAAGAUACAAGAAAUAAUACUAAUAAUAGCACUAAUGCUAUUACUAUCAUUCAAUAUUAAUUAAAAUUAUUCAAUUAAAAUUUUACGUUAAACACAUUAAAAGUUAUAGUUCAAAACAACCCAUGAUGCAGCUAAUUAUGCAUAAUACUUUUAUUAUAAAUUGCCAAACUAGCGGUAAUAAACCUUAUUUUGCUAAAUUCCCAGCCGACUGUGUAUAACCCUGAGCGUUAUACGCAGUCGACUGUAUAACUCUCAGGGUUAUGCGCAGCCGACUGCGUAUAACGCUUCCCUUUAAUUAAUGUAUGUUAAUUUUUAAGUUCAUGAUUAUGUUUCUUAAAUUGUAUGUAGAGCAUGGUGAGCCCAGCCCUAGGCUGGUGUACCACGCUAUAUAAAACCACUACUAAUAUUAUUAUUAUUAAUUAUAAUAAUAAUUUUAGCAUCAAAGAAAAACCUAUUUGUGUUAUCUGUGUCUCUUUCUUCAGUUCAGAACGCAAUAAUUAAGCUGGCAUUCGGUGAAGUUUAGCUAAAUCCACAUAUAACCUGCAGUGAUAGAUUUGACCUCAUAAUCAUGGCAGAGUUGUACAAACCUGGGGAUAAAAUCUUUGCCAAGAUGAAAGGCUACCCUCACUGGCCUGCUCGGGUAAAACCAACAAAAACUUUCAUCUUUCCUUUAAUUGAUUUUGUACCAAUCAAAAAAGGUGUCUUUUUCAAUGACUUUGCAGAAAUGCAUGUCAAAAGCUAGCCAUCUAAUAAUAAGUUAGGACAUAUAUAUUUUAUAAUUUAUAAACUUAUGAAAAUUAUUCUAUAAGUGCAAAAGUGUGUUCAAUAUGAAUAGUUGCUUAAAUGUAUAUUAUUCUUAUACUUUUCAGAUUGAUUAUAUUCAGGAGGGCUCUGUGAAAGCACCAAAAGGGAAAUAUCCAAUUUUUUUCUAUGGAACCCAUGAAACGUAUGUUUUAAAAUUAUUUUAAUUUCUUACAUAUACUAUUAUAAUUGUCAGAGUACCUGAUAUAAAAAAUAACUUAAACAAUAAAACAUGUUACAACCAUGUAUUAUUUUAUUGACUAACGCUGAUGACAAUAGUAUUUUUUAAAUUUGCAGUUCAGCAUUUGAAAUAAGGAGCAAAAAUCAUAUAUUUUGAGAAAUCUUAAUAGUAAUUAAUUUGUAUGCUUAAAUGCUUUUUUGCUGACUCAGUGCUGUUAAUGUGAAAAAUAAAUAAUUGAACUCCAUAAGUACAUUUAAAAAACAUCAGUGUUUGAAUUUUAAAAUAUGCCACCAAAGAAAAAGUUAAUCAUGUCCCAAAUAUUUUGUUUCAGUGCUUUCUUGGCUCCCAAAGAUAUUUUCCCAUAUGAGAAAUACAAGGACAAGUAUCACAAGCCCAAUAGUAGAACAGCAUUCAAUGCAGGAUUGUGGGAGAUCAUCAACAAUCCAGAUGUUGUGUUUCAACCUGCGGUCAGCUAUUUGCUAUUUUUUAAAUUAAAAACUUGUUUAAUUUCCCUUUUUGGUGGAAUAAAAAAAAAAAUUCAAAUUAUAUUUAAUAAAGUUGUAAAAGUUAUCAAUUUUUGUUGUUGCAUUUAGUCACCAUGUGUGCAUAGAAUGGAUUUCAUUUUUUUGAAAGUAAAACUCUUCUCACAAGUACAAUGUGCACCAACAGUUUCCAUUGCCAAGUAGGAGCAUGAAUUAAGUCUUUUUUAAAUAUAUAAAAAUACUGUGUAUAACUAAGGUACAUGUACAUCAAGUGUAUUUACAUUGGUUAUCUGUUUUAGAGACCGACCGAAAGUGAUUUUUUGAUUUCGGCCGAAGCCGAAAAUAUGCCGAAAGAUUAAAAUGACUUUCGGCCGAAACCGAAAAAAAUGCCGAAAGUUAAAAAAUGACUUUCGGCCGAAACCGAAAAAAGGCCGAAAGUUAAAAAUGAAUUUCAACCGAAACCGAAAAUGAAAUAUUAAGAUAUUUUGAAAUUCGUUGUAUACAUUCUGCAUACAUCGAAAAUGAUGUGGGAAAGUAUAAAUAUUUACAUUCUUUUUAUAAAAAAUGAGAUACUCGUGAAUAUUAAUAAAUAAACUUCUUAUAUAGGGGUCUCAAACUCGCGGCCCGCAAACUCAUUUGUGACCCGCAAGACGAUAUUUUGCGGCCCGCUACAUGACAGAAAAGUUUAGCGUUAAUGCGCCGGCCCGUUUCCCCCAUUCUCAUAUCUAUAACGUGACUCCGCGACGGUUUCAGUCGAAUCUCACCAACUAGUCUAAUUCUGAUUUAUUUUUUUUUUUAAAAUGUUUUUAUAUAUUUUUGUAUACAACAGUGAGUAGGUGGAUGAAAGUGAAUCCUAGUUCUUGAGAACCCUUAAUGAUUUUAUUGUUAUUUAUAAAGGUUGAGCAGAUUGUAACAGUUGUAAUCGCUUUUUUUUGGAUUACUUGAUGCGGCCCACUCUCAUUCAGACACUAACUCCUGCGCCCCCCUGAUGAUUUGAGUUUGAGACCCUUGAUGUAAUGAAUACUUUGGAUUUUACCAUUUUAAUAUAAAAGUAAUUUAAAUUGCUUUACAAUUUUUUAAAAUUAGUAUGGUAAGAGAAAAUUUGGCCAAAACAUGAGGGGUGUGGGGCAAAUUAAUGAAAAAUAUGAUUUUUUAAAACCGGGUCUCUAAAAAUUGUUGUUCUGAUAUGGUUCUAAAAGAUCGCUUAAUUGGUUCUGAAAGGUCGCUUUAUUUGUUUUUAAAUAAGGUUUAGUUUUUUGUUAAAUAUCGUUAGUUGCUUGCUAUUGAUCGGUUAGUUUGUUUUUAAAGAUCGUGAGUUUGUUCUUAAAGAUCACUUAGUUUUUUGUUAAAGUUCGUCCAGUUUUUGUUAAUGAUCGCUUUAUUUUACUUAAAGAUUGGUUAGUUUGUUCAUAAAGAUCGCCUAGUUUGUUGUUAAGGAUCCUUUAGUUUUUUCUUAAAGAUCGCUUAGUUUGUUGUUAAAGAUCGUCCAGUUUUUGUUAAUGAUCGCUUUAUUUGUUCUUAAAGAUCGUUUAGUUAGUUCAUAAAAAUUGCUUAGUUUGUUGUUAAAGAUCUUUUAGUUUGUUCCUAAAGAGCAUUUAGUUUUCUGUUAAAGAUCGCUUAGUUUAUUCUUAUAAAUCAUUUAGUUUACUAUUAAAGAUCAUUUGUUUUGUUCUUAAAUAUAAUUUAGUUCGGUCUAAGAAUCUUUUAUUUUUUUUCUUUGUUAUUAAAGAUUGCUUAGAUGUUCUUAAAGAUCGCUUAGUUUGUUUUAAAGAUCGUUUAGUUUGUUCUUAAAUGUCGCUUAGUUUGUUGUUAAAUAUCGCUUUCACUGAGUAUUAGAUGACCAAAAACCUGAGUCACUUUCGGCCUAUGGCCGAAAGUCUAAGUCAAUUUCGGCCGAAACCGAAGAAAAACCGAAAGUUAACUUUUCUCUUUUGGCCGAAACCGAAAUUAAGCCGAAAGUUAACUUUUCAGUUUCGGCCGAAACCGAAACUUGGCCGAAAGUGAUAAAAUGGCCACUUUCGGCGCCGAAGCCGAAGCCGAAAUUCGGUCGGCCUCUAAUCUGUUUUCCCUGCUGUUACAUGUGACUUUGACUCAGAAAUUGAAGCAGAAUAUUGUAAUGUCACAUUGUGAGUUGGUGUAGAACCCUUUUCAAAAUUUUUUUAUAUUGACAAGCGCUAAAGCUAAUUACUAAAGUUCUUGGACACUCUAAAAUGAAAUAAAUUCUUUUAGGGGCAGCCUCCAAAAAUAUUUUUGUAAUAUUAAAAUUGUAAACAUAUCUAGAAAAUCUGUUUUUUGCCCUCAUUUGUCUUUUUUUUUUUUAUUAUCAAAACCUUGAGAUGCACUUGUGAAAAAUGCUGACACACCAUUUGAAAACCAAUGCUGUAGGAUGUUCCAUAUUAGCAAUGGAUACUAAGUUGUUAGCUAUCACAAUUGAAAGUUGCUCUAUUUUUAUUUAUUUUUUAACAGCUUUACAAACAUUUGUACUAUGUAUAGAUAAAGCUUAGCUUAGCUUAAGACCAUUGAAAAACUCCCAUGAAAACAACCAUUUAUUCAUUACAGACCUAAUUAAUAGUUAGGAGAUGAGUAAGAAGCUCUUGGGUAAAACAGUAAAGCCGCCAUCUCCUAAAUUCCUUUUUCUUUUCAGACUUUAUUAGGUAAAAAGCAACUUUCACUUAUGAUGGUCCUUGUUGGGAAGAGUUGUCUUUCCCUCUUGUUAGUUUGUUGUUUUCCUUGUUCCCAGGUUACUAACAUACAGCUCUCUGAACCUCCUGUUGAUGAUGAUGAUGUACCUGUUGUUGAUGAUGAAAUGGCUGAUGAUGAUGAUGACCAGGAAGAGGUUGUCCCACCUAAAGGAAAAAAGGUAUAGAUGUCUGGAUUGUAGAAGUUGUCAGCUGUGUGAUUGGUGUUUAAGGGGGUAGGCGCCUGAGAAAAUCUUAAUUUUUACCAAAAUUAUCAAUUUUUUUUCUUUUCAUUUUUUAAAAGUUCUACAUUCAUAGAAUCGACUACAUGUAAAUUGGUACUAUUUUAAAACUGGGAUAAUGAUAAACAAUUGAUUUUAAACUCCCUACCUCACUGAAAAAGUUGACCUAAUUUUAAAAAGAUGGUGAAAUAUUGAUCAAUGUACCCUUGUUUAACACCUAGAAAACGCUAUUCUAAAAUAUCAGAAUAUGCCAUUAUAAUAUAUCAACGUAAGGUAAUUUCGUUGGCAAUUUUACUAUCCUGAAAUACAUGCGGUAAGUAUAUUGACCAUAAAUAUUCGAGCCGUCAAAUGUAUCCAAAAUAACGAUAUUUCACUGGUCGACAAUUUUUUCAUUGGUGUAAAAUGUUAGUAAUCAUGACUCUUAUUUGUUCACGCAUGCGCAGCCCAGUAUUUUCCUUCGAAUUUUACUUCCUAGCGGCUCAUUUCUCAGCCUGACUCUGUUCCGACAGCAUUGCUUUCCAACAUUUUUUUCUAGAAAUAAAUUAUAAUACGCUCAUCCAAGAUGCCUAAAAAGGGAUACCGAUAUGGUAAAUGCAAGAAAAAUACAAAACCUAGAGGAAUUCAUUCACGGAAACUAACUGAACCUUUGAAUUCAAGGUAAGAUUACUUAAUAUUAGUACUAGUCUUAGUCUUAGUAGUAAAAUUAGAAAUUAAGACCACGAUGGCCAAGCCAUAGUUCAUACUAAAAGUACUAAAACUAGUAUUAGUGGUAGAAGUCUCUUUUUAAAAUUAGUAGGCUUGGUGUGACCAUGCUUCCUGGUGUGUCCAUUGUUUAUCAGGAUUAGAAAUGAAGACCACGAUGGCCAAGCCAUAGUAGUUCAUACUAAAACUAGUAUUAGUGGUAGAAGUAGAAGUCUCUUUUUAAAAUUAGUAGGCUUGGUGUGACCAUGGUGUGUCCUUUGUUUAGUUUAUUGGGGGGUUGGGGGGGGAUUUAACAUUGGGAACUGAUUUAGUUAGUAUACAUUUACAUUUUACAUAGAUAAUUUUUGUUGUUUAUGUGGGAAAUAGAUAAUUUUUGUUGUUAACGUGGGACAUGAUUAUGAUGAUUGACGAACUUUAUAGCAUAAUUAUGGUUUAACAAAAGUUUUUUUCAGGGGGCAUACAUUACAAAACAAAUGAUUUAAAAUCAUAAGAAGACCUCAGCUAAUUAAUUCAUUUUAAUGAUGAUGGAAAUUAAUUCUUGGCUAUUUAUUUCAAUGGGGCAUACAACUACAAUUUUUUUUUUUAGUUUUUAAGAUUAUAAACCUAAUGCAAACUACUUCAGAUUAAUAAAUAAAAAUAAUUGAUGUUGAUGUGUUACUGUUACUUUAUUUUUUCCAGCUCAUCCACGGUUGCUGACUUGAAUGAGCCUGCAGUCAUGACAGAAAAUACUAAUCCCCUAAACAGCAGUAGAGCGGAGCAGAAGUUUACUGUUUACAGUAAUGCGACAGAAGGAAUAGUUGAUAACAACUCCUACAAAUGUGCAAAUUGUAGAGGCAGCAGUCUACAGCUAUUUACAAAAAAAACAAAUGGUAUGGCUGCCCAUGUACAAAUUUACUGUCCAGACUGUAGGUCGGAGUGGUCAGAUUGGACAUCUGCACAAGUCAAUAAGCAGUUCGACAUUAAUUACCGAACAAUCAUCGGUUGCAAAGACAAUGGUAUUUGGUACGCCAAGUUGCAUUCGUUGCUUUCAGUCAUGAAUAUGCAAUCACAGAUGCACCACAAAACCUAUUAUAGGUUGUCCAAAACUGUCAGCACAGCAGCAAAAGAAGCAGCAGAUGAAGCAAUUUGUGCCAAGCUGCUCGUGUUGUUUGCGAAAGAGCUAAAGCAGCAGACCCUCAACCAGACCAAGCCAAAAGCAAAACAGGUUGUCCCAUCAUCACUGUGUCGUAUGUUGGCACUUGGUAAAAGCGAGGCCAUUCAUAGCACAACGGGGUGAGCGUUGCGAUCGACGUCGACAGUGGCCUAGUUUUAGACACGCAGGUGAUAAGCAAUUAUUGCAAAAUGUGCGCAGUUGGGCCAAAGGCAGGUUCACUUGAAUAUCUAACCUGGAUGGAAACUCACAAACCAAAAUGUCAGAAGAAUGAAGAUUGCUCGUCCAAUGCAAUGGAGACUGUGGCAGCCAGGAUGAUCUUUUCAAGAUCAGUUGAGAAGAGAAAAUUAAUUUAUGGCACAAUGCUUUGUGACAGAGAUGGAAAAGCAUUCAACGAAGUGCAGAAAUGUUAUGGCAUUGAAGUAACAAGAGGAUUGCAUUAAUCCCAUUGCAAAGAGAAUGUUUAAUGCUUUGGAAAAUUUUAAAAAAUCAAACAAACAAACUUUAAAUCGAAAACUAACAAAGCCAGUUAUUGAAAAAAAUAACAAACAUCUAUGCGAAAAAUUUAAAAGACAGCGCUCAACCACAGACUUUGUCCAGGGGAGGAAAAUUCAUAGUGCCAUUACCAGAGAGCGUUAAAGACUGGUGUCCAUCAGAAGCACACACCUACAUUUUCUUCGCAAGUGGGGAGUAUAAUCUACCCCAUCAUUGUGAGACUGACAGUCAAGUCUGCUUCAACGUUGUGCUAAAAUGGGUACGCAGAAUGCCAAGGAAAGUUUCAACGCAUGAUUUGGCAGCGCUGCCCUAAAACUGUGUUUUCUUCGAUGGCAGCAGUGGAGACAGCAACAUCGCUUGCCACUUUGGCAUUUAACUGUGGACCAGUGGGACUGAAGAUGGUAAUGGAAAAAAUUGGACUAAAGUGGGGGCACUUUGACAAUACCUUCUCAACAAGGAUGUUCAAAUCUAAAUGCAAUGCUUCAAGAAAACAGACACUGGGCAUUUCCAAGUGGAAAAGGAAAAAUCUUUAAAAAAGAACGCAUCGAGCGAGAAAACCUCAACGAAGUUAACUCUUUCUCUCCGGAACACCGCUCCCAUCAUUGAUUUGGAAUGAAGAUUUUGGCGUAUCGACGAUGGCUGUAUAAUAACCUGUUUAUUUUGGUUCUUUUCUUAGCUAUUGGUAUUUAGUUAUUUUAAAUAAAUUCUAGAAUGAUUUCCUUUGAUAAACAUCCGGUUUUCUAUGUUUGAACGAAGAACGAAUUGUUUGAAGCGGUUGUUUUGAUUGUCCAUUUUAUUUUUGUUUACAAACAUGAAAUCUUGACCUGACCCAUCUGGUGAUCAAUCUAAUAAAGGUUGAAAUAUUAGUCUGAUGAUGAUUCAGACAGUGAUUUUAUUAUUUCAAAUGCAGAAGCCGAUUCCUUUGAAUAGUAUGAUUAUCAUACUAGCAUUAGUAGUACUAGUGACGAGAUAAUGAAAUUGGUAAUUCAUCAGCUGAUGAACAACCAGCCCCUUCCCCAGCUAAAGUGCACAUCAAUAUGAAUUGUUUUUAGCUAAAUACAGAUGAAAAGAUAUGACAAAAUAUGGUAAAUGUUCCAUUUACCAUUAUAAAUGUUAGUACAUACAAGAAACAGUGCAAAUAUUAUUAUAACAAAUUGUUUCCAGUGGAAAUAGUACAAAAAAUUUCGCACAUUUUUUGUGUGAUGUGAUAAUGGAUAAUGUGCUCUGAGGUUUAAUUUUAUUCGUUUUUUAAAGUUGAUCUUUAUUAUUUGUGAUGCACAUAUGGAUAUAGUUCAGAAAAAAAACAUUUUUGUUACACUUUGGAUUAUAUAUUUCUCCUCGUGUGACUUGGAAUGAGCGUUUUGUGAACAGUUGGUAAGUUUUUUAAUUUUUAUUUUUCUGAAAUCAUAAUCAUAUUUAUAUAUUAAAAUGUAAAACCGUCUGGUUUGCUUGUAAAGGGCAUACAUUCUCCUUUAAUUCUAUACCAAACUUAGCACUUUCUGAUGAAAAACAAAAAAGUUAUGAAGGUUUAGAGACAACAUAGUAGUGCAUUACAAAAACGCAAAAUAGAUACUUCCGUCAGAAUGCGGAAAAUAAUUCCGGAGAGAAAGAGUUAAAGAAGGUGAAACCUAUGUUCGUGGGGCUUUUAACAACUGAUUGCAGUUAAAAUGAUAUUGUCCAUGAUGAUCUACACAAAAAAAUAUGUAACAUCAUCAUAUUUCUGUAAUAAACAUUUUUUUUUGCACUUUGAAAGUUUAAAAUAGAUUUUUCUCAAAAUUGUUCUUUUCUGUUGUUUUGUAACGUAGAGUUCUAAAAUCUCAGCUAAUAUAAAAGCUAGAGUUCUAAAAUUUGGUGUGUAUCUUCCUUUAACUAUUUUGUGGGUAAUGAGCUAUUCAAAAGUCAAUUUGGUCAAUUACUUUUUUAAAAUGAUUUUUUAAAAUUCCUAGGAUUCUAAAUUUUAACCAUUUUCUGACGAGGCAAAUUUUAAAAACUAAAAAAAAAAUGUUUUAAAUAGUUUAAAGGAAAUUAAACUAGCUCAGUACCUCUAAAUAUAAUUGAAAUUCAUGAAUCAAUAAUUUUGUAAGCAAUAUGUAUAUUUGUUUUUAAAAUUUUAACACUCUACGAAUAGGUGUUAUUUUCAAAAUGGCUGGCGUUGUCAUGGCAACUGUAUACUUUUUCUCCUUUUAAAGCAUGAAAAAAUAUCUCCAUUCAUAGCUAAACAUGACCAUAAUAAAAUAUUAGCUCUAAGUUGGUUAAUUUAAAAAAAAAUUUUUGGUAACCUGCCCCCUUAAAAUGAUCUCUUCAUCAGUUACUUUCAGAUUAAAGCCAUAUAAAAGUAAGAUGCUUUCAGUAUUUUUAAUUCUAAUAUAUUGUUAUUCCUUGUUAUUGAAUGUAAGUUAUCUAUAUUAGAUCAUUUUAACUUGAACUUUUACAGACUCAAGCAAAGAAAAACCAGGCACAGAAACGAAAGCGAAAGGAGAGUUCAUCUUCUCUAGUACGUGACAGUUGUUGGUUGUUUGCAACUAUUAUCAUAUUCAUUUAAAUAUAUUUAUGUUUUAUCCAACUAUAUAUUUCUCUCUUUAAAUAAUAUGAUGUUAUAGUAGCAACAAGAUGGGUGACUUGCAAAUUUGUAUGUGUACAAAAAUUGUUGAAAAACGGGAAAGCGUUGAAUGAAUAUCAAUAUAAAUGUAUAAAAUCAAUGCAGGAAGCAAGGGUAAGACUACGGGAGUAAACCCAAACUGUAAAAUCUGGAGACAGAGUCCCGAAGUGGAUCUGAUGCUGAUAUGAAUGUCAUUUCGGCAACUUCUGCGAAGCAGUUCGCGCCAAGUUGUUUUGACAGUUGUCAUUCCUUUGGAUCCACUUGCUGUGUGGAUAGUGAGAAUCUGCUGCUUUGGGCAACAGCUGGUCUCCAAAAAAUACCACCCAGGCCAAAUAGCUGCACUGGUGAUGAUACUUCAUAAGGAGCAGAGCUUCUUUUUGUAAAGCUAGGCUAAUAAAUAGAAGGAAGACUCCACUGCAUCGCAACAUGGAACCUAAGAACCAUUUUUCCUGGAUAUGACACCAUCUGUAGACUAGGACCUCACAAUUUGACUCACCAGACAUUAACAUUGCCUGCCCCCAAAAGACCGGCUAAUGGUACCAUCAAGGAAGGCAACUACACAUUCUACUGGCAAGGGAAGCCCGCAGAUCAACCUAGGCAACAUGGUGUAGGAUUCACCAUAAAAAUACCCUUGUCUGCAUUGAGUCUCCAUCAUUGGGAUCAGAGAGGAUUCUGGGCCUACGGUUGUCUUCUUCAUUUUCUUCUCAAUGCCUUUUCAGUUUGCCUUUAGGGACUGUGAAGAAGGAGUGUACACACAGAAGAAGUUCUGCAGCGGUUAGUUAAUCGCCUCUCUCAGGCAUGUAAAGUGUUUGGACUGAUCAAUAGUCUACAUAAAACAAAUGUCAUCAUACUAGUCCCCUCCAAACAUAACUAUUGAGGGCCAUAAUCUGUCGGUAGUUGAGAAUAUCUCUAGGCACCUAUGGCUAAAUUGAAUAAGCUGGCAGGGAAUAAUCUUUAACUAACUGAAAGUACAAAUCUAAGCAUCUAUCAGGCAUGUGUGUUUAGUAUGCUCCUAUAUGGCAGUGAAGUGUGGACCAUGGGUGCCACUUGUCCUGGUUAUUCUGGAUUCGUGAGGCUUAAUAUUUUUCAGCUCCGGAUUCAGGAGUUUUUAUAUUCUCUUGCUCCGGAUUCACCAGUUCAAUUUAUUCAAAUACUGAUUCUGUCUGAUUUAAAAAAAUUAGAAUAAUAAUUAAUGUGUAAUAGAAUGCGCAAAAGCCUAUUUAAAUUUGUCGAGAGUGUGUUCGCUAAAAACCGAGAAAAUUCCAUGAACAUUGACGUUAAUCGCCGACCUCGUCUAUAUUUUUGGCCUUUCUUUUGCCAGUGUGCUAGUGGUUUCCCUUAACUGCACAUGCACUUUGAGCGCUACUAGUUUCAAAUACCGCACCACUUUGAUAGACCAGAAAUAUUUCUUUUCUGUUCACAUCGCCGAUCAAGAGAUGUUUGAAGUGUUUGGGUAAGUAAAGUUUAAAGUUUAGUCAAUUAUUUUUCUGAAUUUUGUUUUCAAUUUUUGGGGAGCCAUUGUUAUGAAUAGAAAACUACUCACCGUACUUUGUUUUACUGUAUGCAGAGGACCUGUAUUUUUUUUUAUUAGAGCAAGGCAGCAUUUAUUUUAUUAAAGAAUUCUCAAGUUCACUUUACAUUUAAUUAUGGAGUAAGCUUUCUAAAUUUAAAAAGGCUAAUAUGAUUAAGUUAUUUUAUUCAUUCAGUAGUGAGCCUAAUAAUAAUAUAACUGUAUUUAGUUAGUCUUUAUUUAUAGUUUUAGUCUUUAUUUAUAGUUUUGCACUCCUGUGCUCUGACUCUCUACUAUACUUUACAGUAAUUCUAAGCUACUAUUUAAAAUGAUAUUUACAAAGAUCUGUAUUACCGUAGUUUCGUACUGGUUUACUAUAGUCUAUAUUAUAUAGUCGUUACUAUAAAUUAUAAAUCUAAUAUAAUAUAAUUUUGUUUCACUAUUCAGGAUCUAGGCUCAAUAAAAUAAUGCCCAACUGUUCCUUUGAAGAACUGAUGGCAAGAUGGGCAUUACAGCAAUCAUGAUUGUUAUACUAUGCUGGAAAUAUUGAUAUUAAGUAUUCAAGGGGGAAAUGUUUAAAAUGUCAAUCAUCUGAUGAGACCAGCUUUAUCACCUUUCUUAGGUGUCCACUUCUGCAACUUCUUAAUUUAUGUCUCAAAAUAUGAAACUCUCACAGAGAUUUUGGAGACUAUCCAUUUCAUCAUAAAGAAGAGAACAUUAACUCCAUAUUUAUUUAUUUAUUUAGGCAUUUUUAUAUAGGGCUUACCAUAAAGCUCUAAGCGCUUUACAAUUAUUAAAAACAUGUAAACUAAGUAAAAUAAAAUGAGACACUAGGAUAGUAACUACUAUACUAUAGAAACAAUGAAAAUGGCUAUAAAACGAGGACACUUUGACACGUUUUGGCCUAUACUUCAGGAACAACCCGAAACAGAAAAUGAGGCAGGGCAAUAUAAUAUAAGAAAAGAUUCUUUCCAUUUGUGGUAGCUAUACGUUUGUUCUAAAAUGCCCAGAUAAAAGUUGACUUUUCAAGUCUAAGUAAAUUGAAAAAUUGCAAUUGCUUGGAAAUUUAAUAAAUUUUUGCAUGUAUACACCAUAAUAGCAUAAUUUUUUUGUAUUUCAAUGUGUUUGCUUUGACAAUUUCAUUCUUGUUUUUAUAUUAAUCAACAAAACGCCGCAUUGCAAUAGUCAGGAAUUUUGAGUUUCAUUAAGUUUCAGGGUUUGAAAAAUUUGUAAAUGAAGUUUCAGGUUUCAAGAAAUUUUUAGAAAGGGAUUUCCCGGGUUCACAGCUUUCAGUCAGUUGCACCCCUGGUGUGGACUAAAUAUUCCAGUCAUAAGCGGAAACUCAACAGCUUCCACGAAAAAUGUCUGCGCCACAAUUCACACAUUCAAUGGCAUGAAAAAGUGCCACAGAGGUUUUGGAACAUGCCAAAAUGUGUAGCAAGUUGUGCACUCUUAGCAUGAGGCGCUUUCCAGGUUAACUCUCUGCAGUCUGACGUUUUUUUCACAUUUCUUAAAAAUCUUAAGGUGAUUUUUUAAAAUAAUUAAUUAAAUGAUCUGAAAUAGCUCUGAUCUAAUCAGUUAAUAUGUUAACUUGUUCAUCUUUGACUCAGCUAUCAUUAGAUAUUUUUUGUAUAUUUUAUUUUCUUAGUUAUAAAAAUAAUUGAAACAUUAUUGGAGAAUUAUUUUUUUUUAUUUUAUGCAAAGUUUUGACAAAAUUUUCACACAGUAUGAAGGGAAAAAAAAAAUCCUUGCCUAUAAAAGAUUUAAAAUUUAUUUAAAUAAAAUACUUCAUCAUCUAAUACAAUUCAUAGUCAAAUAUGACAAAAAUUCUAUGAACAAUCAAAAAGUUGUCAACAUUUUAGCAAAACCUAUAUUUUGUCAUUUUUUCCUAAAAAAUGCACUAUAAUUUUUCUUUUAAUUAAAAUUAUGUUUUGUCUGUAUCAUAUUUUUAAAAAAUGGGCCUCAUAGCUUAUAGAUUUGUAUAUUAAAUAUAUUUCUUAAUAAUUCUUGAGUAAAAGAUAACUAUGUAAAAUUUGAUGAUUGUAUAAAUAACUCAAAACAAGAGUCAAUGUUGUUGUUUUUUUUAAAUUUUAAAAUAGCGGUAUUCGCUGAUGUUAAAGUUAAAAAAAAUUAAAAUGUUUCAGUACAAUAAUGCUAAUUUUGAUAUUAAUGUCAAAUACGAUCCAUUCCUCACUAUGAUCUAUUUUUUCCCAUGUACCAGCAUUUUUAUAUAUCUUUGUUAUAAUCCUCACAUAACACAGCCUGAUAAACUACCGUAUUCUUUAAUUAUAUUUAUGGACUCUGAACAAAUAUUAUUCUUAAAACAGUCUGCAGUUUUAUUAUAAUAAUUAUAUUUGAUAAAUAAGAGCUUGUCCUGGACUUAAUUUCUACAUAAGAUUUGGUAAGAUUUUUCACCACAGAAUAUUCACUCAAUAAAGAACCUGUGAAAAAAAAUUUUUGAUUGAUUCAUAAAUAAAUUAACACUAAUGGUAUCAGUAAUGGUAUGCUAUCAGUAAGGGAAAAUACCAUUAAUCCUAGUCCAAAUGACUAAAUUAGUAUAAAAGUAAACCAUUGUACAUAGAAAAUACAUUAUAACAUAUGUUAUAACAAUAUUGUGAGUUUAUUCUUUAUGCAUUUUGCUACCAAGUGAUUAGAUUAAAACUUACCACCACUUGUUUUUAGGGUAAAAUCUUCAAAGAUAUUCAUCCAGUAACUCUGUAACUCAGUAAAAGGGUGGAGUCCAGGCUUAAUAUUUAGGAUCAAUAAGGAAUAAGGGCUUCUUGAUCCAAUAUCUGCAUUUUUGUCUCUCUCUCCUCCUUCCCAUUAGAGUUAGAGAGCUUUUAAUAAAAACAUAAAUGUUUUAUUUUUAUUCUGCCGACAGUAGUCUCUACUAAUACUAGUGACUAGCGAUAAUGAUAAUUAAAUUUAAACACAUUUCUACUAUGCAAUAUUAGAAAAUUUAGAAGAUUAUUCUUGGCUGUAACAUAUUUUAAAGAAAUAUAUUUAGUUAAUAACUCAGAAGUCCUUAACUUAAAAUUUAUUUAAUUACGCAAGUUCCAAUCCAAUCGGCCGAAAUUUUCCGCUAUUUUUUUAAAAUAUUUAUUUCGCAUAGCGACGCUAUUUAUUUAUUAUAUAAUUAUUGAAACUCAAUAAAAUUCAAAUAGAAUAUAUCAAUAUAAGUAUUAAUUGAUAAUAUAUACUUCAGCCAAUUAAAAUUAUAAAAAGAUCACUUUACUGUUUUAUUAUUAAUUUUAAAGUCGGGAAAUGAUAAUUAAAAUUAAGCUUACUUGUUUACGAUAGCAUUAGUCGGUACUUUUAUUUGCAAAUCGUGAUAAAUUUCAUGAUUAGAGUCUCCAUUUGGAUACAUUACUUUAGACAAACAAAUAACUCCUUGAUAAAUCUGGAAAUUAAAAUAAUAUGACAAUAUUCAUACUACUAUUUAAUUUUCUUUGUAAGACUUAUAUUUUUUGUUUUUUUGGAAAUCUGCGAAGCUUUCAAGGGAUAAUUCCAGACCUGUUUACUCUUACGAUUUUGGCGUACAAUGUACGAUUUUAAGAUGUAUACAUUAUAUAUACUGUAUGUUUAUUUUUUACUAUUAAGAUAAUGUACUGAACGAUUUUGUGAUGAUAUUGUACGAUCUUAAGAGUUUAAGGGUAAACAGGUCUGUAAUUCGCACUGAAUAAGUUUCCAACAAUAUUUUUUUUAAUAGUAAUUUCAAAUUUUGUAAUAAUUUUAAUUUUUUUACAAAUACUUAAACCAAUGAAACAAAUUAUUAAAAUAUAAUAAAUAAUUUUUUUCAAUAAAAAAAAAAGUUAAAAAAUAAAUAACCCACCCACAAAAUCUAUGGUACUUAUAAGUACCAUCUCUCUAUAGUCGGACUGCAGAGAGUUAAGCCAUGUAAGGAGGAUAGAGGAAAGUAGAAAGGAUCUGCUGUAUGGAGAGUUGGCAGAAGGGGCAAGACUUAUUGGAUGGCCGCAGCUGCGAUUUAAGGACGUUUUUAAAAAGAGCAUGAAGGUACCCUAAAUCGAAAUCAAGGAAUGGGAAAUCAAGGCUGAGCACUGUUUAAGCUGGCGAACAGCAUGUUUGAAGGUGUCAGAAAGGCAAAAGAUGUGGAAAACAAAGCACUUGCAACAAAAAUUGCAUUACAGAAAGUCAAAUUUAAUUAGGAGUCAAGGUUAUCCUGCGAGAAGCGCAGCCAAGACUGUCAUUCCAAGAUCGGCCUCGUAAGCUGUCUGUUGAAGUUAAGCUACUCCAUGGUCUUGCAAAGAAGGAAGGCUUUUGUUUUCUCUUUGCUGACUUUUUUUCUGUUAUUAUUUUUUUAUUAUUAAAGCUGACAAUUUUAUUAAAGGCAAUAAAAACAGUGCAACUAAAAUAAAUCCUGUAAAAGCUUUUACUAGAUAGCUUGAAUGCAUUUAACUGAGUGUUUUAAUGUAUAUGAAGAAUAUGGCCACUGGAUUAGAAAGAUGAUUAAUAAUGUAUGUUACAUGAGAAAUAUAUUUGCAGAUCUUUUCACUUCUGCGUUUGCUUAAAAGUCACAAGAAGAACCUUAUUUUUAUUUCUUCUUAAUGAAAAUGGUGUUAAAUUAAAAAAUUGUAUUUCCAUCCAUGAUUUAAUUAUAUCUUUGGAUUCUUGUGUUACAGGCAGAAAAACCUGCUGCAAAGAAAGCUAGAGGUGCACAGACCCCAAAGGGCAAGAAAAAAGCCUCCAGCAGAACCUCCAGCGUGGCUUCAUCUGUGAAGGCUGAAGAGGAGGAAGAUUUUGAAGCCAGCGCCCCCCCCAGUGAUGAUUCAGGUGAUGAGGUAAGUCUGAAAUUUUUAGUACAUGCUGACGCAGACCUGCCAACACUUCCGAUUUUAUCGGAAUUAUACAGAUUUCUUGCCCCUCAUUCCGACCUUCCGACAAAACCCUUAAAAUUCAGAUUUUUCACCCGUCAAAAAAAUCUGAAAGUGACCACAAGAAAAAAAAUAAUCGGGUACGACAGGAAGUGUUGCAUUAAUUUUGUUUUUAUGAAGUCUGUCACCCUUGUCACGUGACCGCUAUUUGUUGAUCAGAGUUUACAGUAUGUCAUUUCAACAAAUUAAAGAUAGUCUAGACAUUUACAUGAACAAGAAAUAUGUUCAAUUCUAUAAAAGAAAUAUUAGAACCAUUGCUGGUUUAUAUAAUGAAUAAUUGGUUAAAAAGUGACAAUGUUUUUUAUAAAGCAUGGUAAGCCCACCUGAUGAAUAUCUCCCGCACUAUUUGUCCGGUCGCCUAACCUGUAGACACUGCCUUGCUUUUAUCAAAGCGAACCACGAUCUUCAAAUCAUUCUUCAAUCAUCAAUUGAUCCGAUCGUGAUUCAUCCUUUUUACAAGGCUUAAAAAUAAUUCAUACUUUUGUUUUUGUUAAAGAUCUUCUUAAUUAAAUGGUUAGAUCUAUUGAAAGUGAUGGGUGCAAGAUAUAAAUAAACAUAUUUUAACACCCCCCCCCCCCUUCCCAAAAAACAACAACAAAAAAACAACAACAUACAAUAGCAGCUAAAAGUAAAGAUCGUUUUAUUUACCACCUUUUUUUUACAAUGCUUUAAAAUAAUUUAUAAUUUUGUUUUUGUUAAAGAUCUUUUUAAUUAAAUGGGUAGAUCUAUUGAAAGUGAUGGGUGCAAAAUAUAAAAAAACAUAUUUUAACACCCCCCCCCCCCUUCCCAAAAAACAACAACAAAAAAACAACAACAUACAAUAGCAGCUAAAAGUAAAGAUCGUUUUAUUUACCACCUUUCUUAUUGAAGGAAAUAUUUCUCUAGCCAGCUCUGAUCGUUUUAAUGCUUGAGUCAAAGAAAUGUUUCCAGACUUGCAGAAUGCUAGAAGAUUGUAAGGAAAAAUUACAAUGAAACAAGGGCAAGCAUGAAAGAUAAUACAUUUUCUAACUUGCUUUUAAUUAUAAUCAGUUGCAAUGCUAACAUUCAGUUGUCCAAAGAGCUGUUGAACAAGUGCAAAACAUGCACUAGCCAGUAAAUAAAAUGGAUCUUCUGUCCUCUUAUGUAUAUAUCUGUAUAUAAACAUUUCCAGUAAUGUUUUUCUCAUGUUCUGUGGCCUCUUCAAAGACAAUGGAGGUAACUUUAUAUUUCUUUAUUUACUAAAAUAGGCUUGUGCAUUAGUAUAUAGAUCUUAAACCAAUCCCUCCCAUGAGGCGCCAUCCCCUGGGGGGCAGCAGCAGCUUUUCCCCCCCUGCUUGCACCCCCUACAGAUUUUUUUUUCUUGGUAGGUUGGCAGGUUUGAUGAUGAUUUGUUGUACAAUACUAGGUUAUUUGGGAUUUAUAGGUUUAUAUUUUUAGGAUUUACCGUAUCCUUCUUUAUUAUUUGUUAAAAUAUGAUUUCAAAUUGUGAUGAAAUGAUACUGUCAGAAUUAAUUUGCUAAUGUGUGAAAUAAAAAAAGUAUAAAAUUCUUCUGUCAUUUUGAUUGAAAAGCUUUAACAGCUUUAUGCAUAUUCUGUUUGCAAUUGGUCUCAUGUUUAUUUGUUAUAUCAAACAGGACUUUGAAAUGAACUCAGAUGAUGAAAGUAAAAAAAAAGGAAGAAAGAAAUCAACUGGAGGGAACAAGAGAAAAAAAGGUGGAAAUGAUGCUGAUGAUGAACAGGAUGAAGAAGAAGAAAAAGAUUCUCAAGAUGAAGACGAGGCUUGUGGCAAGAAGAAGAGAAUUACAAAAGUGGCUAUCAGGAGGAAGAUUCCCAAACCAGGUUAACAUUUUCUUACCUUGUCCUCUUCACUGAGAUACUUGUUUUUCUUAAUUCGCUGUCAUAAAUUAUCUAGGAUACACACAGUCUUAUACACGUGAGGAUGGACAAAAAUAGUAAUUUGUGUAGCCUAUUUCAGUUAAAAGUCUCUAUGAAGAAGCUCAUUAAUAAAGAAAACAAUACAACUAUUUCUUACCACAAAAGCUGAUCAAUCAGUUUUAUAAUGUUCCUUUUAGUUGCUUCGGCCAGCGUAUGAUAAUUUAAUAGUUGUGCAGACUUAUAAGAAUUUACAUUAUUAUUUUUCAUAACCACCUAGUGCAUUGUGAUCUUGAACAACCUACAUAUAAAGCAUAUAAAGGAACUGAAUGUAGAUGAAGUAGUGACAAAAAAAUCUUUUAUUUAUGCUUAUAAUAACAUAGUUAUCUUGUUGACAAGUUGACAGCAUUUGAAAGGUGCUAAAAUCUACUUAAGAAAUCAAUUUCAGUUAAAGAAAUCACAUAAAAUAAAAUAAUUAUUCAGAACCAGUAGCCAUUUUGUGCACGUGACCUUAGGCUUUAUGCCAGUUAUUUAAUACUCAUAAAAUUAUGUCAUUUAGCCAAUUUUUUAGAAUAAUUUUGGUCACUUCAUGAGUUUCUAUCUUCAUAUCAGAAGCAAGAUAAUCAUCGGCAUAGUUCAAGUAAUUGAGCAGAGACAUGAAUUGCAUUUUUCUUUUAUUCUCUUAUACAUUAUGUGACAGUAACUUACUUUCUUCUUGAAGAUCAUAUUUUCUUUCCAAAAAUUGCAUUUGAAAUUGAUGUAAACUGAAGCAAGCCAAACAAAAUGUUUAGUGAUAAUUUAUUACCCUUUCAUUUGAAAAUACUUCAAUAUUUUAAGGUAAUAAAAACUUAAAAAUUACUAAAACAAAACUGCACAUCCAAAAAAACAAGCAGGAAUGACAAAUGAAUUGACAAAUCUAUGCUACAACUGUCAAGGGGUUUUAAACAGUUGAUAUAGCCAUCAGUGAGGAUGGUUAUAACUUAACACUGUGAUGGGUUUAUUUGAAUGGAUGAAAGUAGUAAGUAACAACCCCAGGGAGUUAAUGAUGAUAAAAACUUGAAAUGUGCCCCAAUGUGGCAUGACUACCAUUUUAUUGGUAUCAUGUUGUAUGAAGCUAGUUAACUCAUAAAGAUCUUUGGCUUCUUCUUGGUCUAUUUCAUUCUUCUAAUGUUCAUAUUUCUUGUAGCCUGUUGAUUUGACAAGUUUUAUUCAAAUUGUUCAUUAGCACCUGCUAGUAACAAGCGGACAAAAGACAAGAGGAAGUCUGAGGGUGAUUUAUCUGAUGGAAGUCUUGGCUCCAUGUCAAGGUAAAAUUUAACAGAUUCUUUUAUUGAUCCAAAUAAAUGGAACUUUUUUUAUUUCAUUGUACAAAUUCAUUUUCGGCAAAUAAAUAAAUUCAAAUUUUAACCAAGACAUUUUACAACUAUAAAAAUUUAAACACAA